UAUAUACAUAGAUAUAGAUAUAUAUAUAUAUAUAUAUAUAUAUAUAUAUAUAUAUAUAAAACGGAGAACGCACAAGAGAGAGAGAGAGAGAGAGAGAGAGAGAGAGAGAAACUAUUCAGAUACAAAAGAAAAUAAAUUUCUCUUAAUAAUGUCAGAUGACGACUGUAAAACAUGGUGUCACUCACGGCAAAAUGCUGUCGUUCAACCUCUUUUGACAGAUUUAUAUCAGAUUACAAUGGCAUAUGCUUAUUGGAAAAGCGGUAAAACCAAUGAUUAUGCUGUAUUUGAUUUAUUUUUUCGGAAGAACCCCUUUCAAGGAGAAUUCACAAUUUUUGCUGGUCUCGAAGAAUGUAUUAAAUUUCUGGAGAGGUUUCAGUAUUCAAACAGUGAUAUCAAAUAUUUGAAAUCUACAAUGCCUGCUACGGUAGACCCGGAAUUCUUUGAUUAUUUAAAAAAUGUCAAUGUAAAUGACGUUACUAUUUAUGCAAUGCAAGAAGGCUCUGUUACAUUUCCAAGAAUUCCAUUGUUACGAGUUGAAGGACCAUUAAUAAUAGUACAACUGUUGGAGACAACUUUAUUAACAUUGGUGAACUAUGCAAGUUUGAUGGCAACUAAUGCAGCCAGAUAUCGGAUGGUUGCUGGGAAAAAUAUUACAUUGUUAGAGUUUGGCCUUCGUAGAGCUCAAGGUCCAGAUGGAGGAUUAAGUGCAUCUAAAUAUAGCUACGUUGGUGGAUUUGAUGGUACAAGUAAUGUAUUAGCUGGAAAGUUAUUUAAUAUUCCAGUAAGUGGAACUCAUGCACAUGCAUACAUUACAUCUUUUACAAGUAUCGAUGAUUUACAAGCCAAAACUCUUGCUCAUAAACAAACAGGAAAAGUUUAUGAUCUUUUAGAGUUGGCAUCGAAGUAUCGAGAUGCUAUUGCCGGUGAUUUAGGAAGUAUAGUGUCUGAAGCUUCUAGUGGAGAAUUAGCUGCUUUAAUCAGCUAUGCUAUAGCUUUUCCAGAGAGAUUUACAGCUCUUGUAGACACAUAUGAUGUUAAAAGCAUUGAAGCAUCAGCCAAGCAAAAGACAUUUAUAACCAGCCUAAAUGUAAAGAAUAAGCUUCUAACUAAAGGAUCCAAUGCAUAUGCUCAAAAUGGUGUGAGAAACAAUACGCUUAUAUCAGAAUCUACUUCGCAUCACAAGAAUGGCUUUUUAAGACGAGGCGAAUUGGGUGAGCUCUAUGUGAGGAGUGGCAUUUUAAAUUUCUGUGCUGUUGCACUUGCCUUAAAUGAUUUGGAUUACAAAGCUAUUGGAAUAAGACUUGAUAGCGGUGAUUUGGCAUACCUUAGUAAUGCUGCUAGAGAUAUCUUUGAAAAACUUGCUGUUAAGUAUAAUAUACCAUGGUUCGCACGAUUGACAAUCGUUGCAUCGAAUGAUAUUAAUGAAGAAACAAUUAUAAGUUUGAAUGAGCAGGUAAAACAUAGUCACAAAAUUGACUGUUUUGGAAUUGGUACGCAUCUUGUAACGUGUCAAAGACAACCAGCAUUAGGUUGCGUAUACAAAAUGGUUGAAAUCAAUGGUCAACCAAGAAUCAAGCUCAGUCAAGAAGUUGGUAAAAUGAAUAUUCCUGGUAAAAAGAAUGCAUACAGAUUAUAUGGUGCAGAUGGAUAUGCAUUAAUUGACAUAUUACAAAGAUCAACAGAGGAAGUACCGCAAAUAAAACAGAAAGUUCUCUGUAGACAUCCAUUUCAAGAAUCAAAAAGAGCAUAUGUUAUACCAACACGUGUAGAACCAUUGCACAAAAUAUAUUGGAAAAAUGGUAAACUCUGCGAACCCUUACCGACGUUAACACAAAUUAGAGAUAGAGUACAGGAAUCUCUUAAAACAUUAAGAAAUGAUCAUAAAAGAAAUUUGAACCCUACACCAUAUAAGGUGGCUGUUAGCGAUGAUUUGUAUAAUUUUAUACACGAUUUGUGGUUGCAAAAUGCGCCUAUUGGAGAACUGUCGUGAAGCUGUAGAUGUUUACUGAGUCUUAAAUUGUUGAAAAAUGAACAAUGUUGUCUAUGAUUCAAAAGUAUUUAAAAAUCAUGCAAAUUUGUGUGUGCGAUACACUCUAAGAAAAAUUUUUUAAAUAUUAGAGAUAUAUUUUGUACGAUUAAAAUCACUGAUAGCUCUAUAAAAUAUCAUGCUACUUUGAUAACAUGUACAAAUUCUUCGUAUAUAUAUCUAAUAUUCUAUUUAUAUUAUUUU